CCGAAUAGUUUCGAACAUGAACUAUCUACAAAAAUGACAACCAACUACCUUCAAAAAAGCAGCUUCAUUAGCUUGCUGAAGUUGCUGACUUGAUUUAGAAGCCCAACAUGGAAAAGGAGAAAAUAUUAGGAUUUAGAUCCAACAUGUCUAAAGAAGACAUGAGGAAAAGCUUGAUGAUGAAAGCGUAUGAAGUUAAGUUUGAUUUAAGUGGAACAGACUACAUUCCUUUAGACAAUAUUGGGAUUGGUGCAUACGGAGUUGUUUGCUCUGCCGUCCAUGGGAAAAGCAAAGAUCGAGUGGCCAUUAAAAAGAUUCCCUAUAUCUUUGAUGACAAAAGAAUAGCUACCAGAACAUACAGAGAAAUAAAAAUUUUAAAACAUUUCAAACACGAUAACAUUAUUUCCAUUAGAGACAUUUUAAAACCUAAAGAAACCAUUGACAAAUUCAGAGAUGUGUAUGUUGUGUUUGAUUUAAUGGAAAGUGAUCUUCAUAAGAUUAUAUACUCCAAACAAGAGCUGACUGAGGAACAUGUCCGAUACUUCUUAUACCAGUUGCUGAGGGGACUAAAAUACAUUCACUCAGCCAAUGUCAUCCACCGAGAUCUGAAGCCAAGCAACUUACUGGUAAAUGAGGACUGUCAGCUCAGGAUAGGGGAUUUUGGAAUGGCACGAGGGGUAAACAUGUCUUCAGAAGAACAGAAUGCCUUCAUGACUCAAUAUGUGGCCACAAGAUGGUAUAGGGCUCCAGAAAUUAUGUUUGCCUUAAUUGAGUAUGGUACAGCAGUUGACAUGUGGUCAGUAGGCUGUAUAUUUGCGGAAAUGCUGGGAAGGAAGCAUUUAUUCCCAGGCAAAGACUACAUUAAUCAGCUUAAAUUGAUCAUCGGAGUACUUGGAUCUCCUGAACAGGAUUUGUUAGAUCUCUGCCAGUCUGACCUCAUCAAAAAAUUCAUUAUACAACUUGGGAACAAGGAGCCAUUAGCCUGGUCAUCGCUGUUUCCCAAAGCUAGCAAGAAAGCGCUGAGUCUUUUGAGUAAGAUGCUUAUCUUGGACCCAAGGAAAAGAGUCUCGGUUACUGAUGCACUCAGCCACCCAUAUCUCAACAAGUACCAUGAUCCAGACGAUGAACCCAUCUGUGUUCCUACCUUUAACUUUGACUUUGAAAAACAGAAAUUGACCACGGAAGUUCUAAGAGAGCAAAUCUAUAAAGAGAUAAUGGGCUACCAUAAGCCAAGAGCCCCGUCGCUGAGUUUUAGUGCAUGUUUGAAACCUGUCCCAAAAGAUCCAGCGGAUAAGAAGACAGACCCAAAGCAAGAAGUAUCUACACCAGGACUGACCAAGGAUUUCAAAGACAUUCAGCUAUUCCCACCCAGUGAAAUUAAAGGGGACUUUUUGAAACCAGACAUCAAGCCAGCUGGUGUUGCAGUGGAUACCAAGCAGAUAGAAGUAUCUGCAGCUGAUGUUGAAAUGUUCAGUGCCAAGUCCCAGGUCAAAGCAGACGAACAGGAAGGCAGUGAUCAGGAGUCCAAAAAAUUGGAGCAAGGUUCAAAGGAGGAGCAUCAUGAGACAAAGACAAUCUCCUCAGAUACAAAGGCUCUCAUUAAAGCAGCUCUACUCAAUUCAAAUUUCAGGAAAAGAAGUGAUUCAUCAACUGAAGUUGAUGAUAAACCUAAACCAGUCACUGCAGCCCAGCGACAGAAAGAGAGAGAGGAAAAGAGGCGCAAAAAGAAGGAAAAGGCAUUGGAGAGAAUGAAGAAAAAAGAGAAGAAAGAGCAAAAGCCAGAUCAACUUUUAACUGAUGAAGAUAGGGAACUUCUUCAGAGGUGGGCCAAAAUGCAGAAAGUCAACCCACCUUUGGCUCCAAAAGGAGAAACAAAUUCACUGCAGACCAGUCCUGGUCCAAGUGCUAGCUCAGCACAGAGCAACUCUGUGCCACAGGCAACCCAGGGGAUUCAAAAUCCCUCACAACUCAAGUCAUUCCAAGCCUCGGAGGCCACAGGAAAUUCCAGUCAACAGUCAAACAGUUCUGGGAAAUCUUUAAUCAAUGUUGACACAAUGCAUAUGCUACAACAGAAAUUGCAAGCAAGGAAUUCACUGUCAAAAGAUACCACCGUUACCACUGUUCCUCAGACUGCAGCAACAAAUGAAGCAGUAACUUCAAAUUCUAGUCUUUCAACAAUCAACAUGGAUGGAAUGAAAAUGAUGGGACUAAAUCCUAAUUUUCAAGAUUUGUCUAAUACUGUUGUUAGUUCUAGUCCUUCACAGACAGCCAGCACAGCUGAUAUGGGAUUGAAUAGAUCAGAGGCAUCCUCAAGUUUUCAAGACUUUCACCAGUCCGGGUUUUCUACUCAAGAUUCACCUCAAAGAGACUACAGCAACAAUAGCUCCCCAGAAAGCUAUCAGUCUCAUGGCUCACCUGAUCCUUAUAACCAAGACUCCAAUUCAAGUUGUGAUGCUCAAAAUCCUAGGAUGACCAACUUUUCAGAUGCCAGUGUUUUACCAAGUCACCAACUCCCUUCGCAGCCAGUUGGAAUUGCUCAACAGAUGAACCCACAGUUUGAUGUCAGUGCUACAAAUCCUUUUGCUCUAACUAGUGGCCAGACCCAGUCAUUUUCUUCACCUUUCCAGACCGAAAAUGCAAUGUCAAAUGUGAUCUCACAGACGCCUCAAGAAUAUUCAACUCCACCACAAUUUGGAAAUAUUGCAGCCAUCCCUUUUACGCGAAAUGUGCAAGCAACUGGUGCGUCUCCCAACCCGCAGUCUUUCUUUGAUGCACGAUACCAAACACAACCAAGACAACCAAAUUCUUAUCCAAGAGUCACAAUUGAUACAAGUCAGCUAGCGCAGGAUCAGAUAUCGGUUUUAGCAGAGCAAUUUUCAAGUACUCAAGUUGGAGACAAUUUUCACCCAAUGUUGCCCUUGACUCCAAGGGGAACAGGUGCUGGUUAUGGUGUGGGCAUGGAUCUAGAUUCUUUGAUGGAUGACAGUUCCAGCCUGCCCCAACAGCAGUCACCCCUCUCCUCCUCCCUGCUGACCGACUGGAUGGAGGUCACCGGGUCCCUCAACAUUGACAUGGAGGCCCUGGAACAGGAGCUAGGACUACAGUCCCCCAUGUCUCUCUCCUACAAUGACCUGUCUCUGUACCAGUCCUGAUCUCCAGCAUUGUCUGUAGUAGAUUACAGGUGUCAGCAACACAUGCUUCUGAUGCCGGCUCAUAUUGUUUUUGUGUUCUUUUUAUCUAUUAGCUGUUGGCAGGUACCAAAACAUUAUGAAAUUGUUAAAAAUAUAAAUGUUUUAUUUUUGAUUGUUAGAUAUAGAAGACAGACUUUAUGAUACAGCCAUCAAACAAUGUUGGUGGGUUUAUUAGAAUAGAUUUUUCCAUCUUUCAUCUGUUCAUGUUUCUAACCAUGUGUCCAUUCAACAUUCAUUUCUUGGCCAUAAAUUUAACAAAAAGAAAUAUCAGAGGCUUAAACUUUGAACAGAUGUUGCCUGUGACCUUAAGGAAUGCCAUAACACUUAUCUGAUGUUAUUCACCAAGGUCUUAUCAUUGAUAUAUUGCCUGUCCUAAAUAUUCCAUGUGUGAAAUAUUAGUCUUUCCAAGACAAUUCUAGUUUGUUUUGUUUGUUUAAAUGCUAAUGCAUGCUCUCUCUCUCUCUCUCCACAUACAAUGGAAUUGGUAGUGGAUAUACUGAUUGUUACUUUUGUACUUAGCUCAUAGAGACAGAACUUUGCAUUGCUGUAGAUAGAUUUACAUUGUAUGAGUUAUCUACCAGCUUAAGUUAACGAUACAUGAUAAUGACACAUGGAAUAUUGCACACAAUAUGUGUUGACUUCUUGAGCAUACAGCGAUUUAGAUGUUUUUAAAACCUGCAUAAACAAUAAGGAAAUGAUAUGUAGAAUUUAUGAAGUUUUUUAAUAGGAAAUGAAUCAUUUGUUACCAAAUGUCAGCCUGAAUUACCAAGUGUCAGCUACAAUUUUGAGUGUCUAAAGCAUAAUACUAGUACAAGAAAAAUUAAAACAAAAAUAAUGAAAACUUUUAACAUGUGUUUGUUAUAUUUAUUUAAUAGGUAUCUUUUAAUGUACUUGUAUUUGAUUAGAUAUUCUGUUCUACAUGUAUUAGUGAAAGGAGAUUCCAAAAUCAACCUUGCAUGUUUGAUUCUUUUUAGAAGCAAAAACUUUAUUUUCGUAUGACAAGUUUCGUGUGUUUAGAUACAUUUAUUACAUAUUUAUCCCCCAUAUUUUGAUUACAUGGAUUACAGUACGUGCAAUUAUUUUUAAUACAUGACUUUCUUUUA